CACCACUCCUCCCCCAGUCUGCCACGGUAAGCGAGUGAAAGAAGGAAGGAAAGGAAGAAGCGAAAGCUGUAUCGGAACCCGCUCGUCUCGCUCCGAACCUCGCGGCGAGAUCCUCCGAUCGCCGCCGCCGUCCUCCUCCGAUGGCCGCCGUAUACAGCCUCUUCAUCAUCAACAAAUCCGGAGGCUUAAUCUUCUACAAGGAUUACGGAUCUGCGGGGAGGAUGGACACGAACGACAGCCUGAGGGUGGCGAGCCUGUGGCACUCGAUGCACGCCAUCUCCCAGCAGCUCUCCCCGACCGUCGGAUGCUCCGGGAUCGAGCUCCUCGAGGCCGACACCUUCGAUCUCCACUGCUUCCAGUCCCUUACUGGGACGAAGUUUUUUGUCGUCUGUGAGCCUGGGACUCAGCAUAUGGAGGCUCUGUUGAAAGUCAUCUACGAGCUGUACACGGACUAUGUUCUGAAGAAUCCCUUUUACGAGAUGGAGAUGCCAAUUCGGUGCGAGCUCUUUGAUCUCAACCUGUCACAGGCAGUGCAGAAAGAUCGCGUGGCAUUGUUGGGAAGAUAGUGCGCUUAGUUUUCCCUUUUCUGGCAGAAAAAAGAUAGCGUGCUUAGUUCAUAGUUGAUCUCUUUCUUCUUGAAUGAAAUUAUAUCUGAAGCAUUGUGGUUGUGGUUAGCUUGAUGAGAAGCAUGUGCUCGGCUUAGCAAGAAAUCUUUCUAACUAAUUACGUCGGCGAGGACGGGUAACGAUUUUCCUUGUUGAGAGACUCGAGACGAGGCCAAACGUGAGCAUUGUAAAUUGUUGGCUUUUUGCAAAAGCUUGCAUUUUAAUUGAAGUUUUUCACCUGUAAA